CACAAUUUUUAGUAUUUCACAAAAUAAUAAAGAAAAAUACUAAAAAGACAACAAGACAGAAGGCUAAUGAGAAAUCAAUCUAUGUAUGUUUUUGCAAAUAUUCAAAGCUCUUUUGGUUUGUAUACAUUUCAGUGCUUUCUUAAAAUCUAUUAAUUAGUUGAUGAAGACCAAGGUUAGUGGCCUGGCAUUAAUAAGCCUGGAUCUCUGGAUACAUUGUUGCGCCAUAAUAAUCGGGCUAUUGCGCAACAUUUCCAUAUUUCGAUCCUCCAUCAAGGCUCCAAAUUUAAUAUCCUUAUAACAGUAUAUAUAAAGUAUAUAUAUAUAAAGUCCUUUCCGGAUGUCCAGCUUGGAAGGAAUUCCCAAAAGGCUGCCGUAUAAAACGUACAAGAACACAACAGAUGCGGUAACGCUUCCAUAGCCCAGCGUCCCCGGGAGACCGAGCUGAGCCAGGCUCCCCUGUCAUGUGACGAGGGUGGCAACGGAUUCUACUUCCGCUCGUCGCGAGCCUCGCAGUCACAUGCGCCUGCCUGUGUGUUGAGUUUCACUUCCGCGCUCCGUAAUCUCACGCAAACAUCUCGGCCGUUAUGCGCUUCGUUCUCGGACAGGCUUGUAGUAAGUAGCGCAAGAGGACAGCAAACUACACAGUCUUGACAUAUAUAUAGAUAUAUAUAUAUAUACCGCUACGUGCUUAACGCUUCCGGACAAAUUCAGCGGUCCUGUUUCCGUGUGCCGCUGCCAGUUUAUCUCAGCACAGCUGCUCAAAGCUGCAGAAGAAGAGCCUUUAGCGGAGGAAGAGCUUUCAGCGGAGGAAGAGCUUUCAGCGGAGGAAGACUCGGGGCAUCCACGGCCGCUGCUUCCACUCAGAUGUGACAGUAGAGCUGGUCUCUCUCGUCCUCUCGCCAGAAGAAGCCAUGGAGGUACCAAGCAGACCCACCGGAGUGCCGGUGUUAUUGUGGGCCCUGGCUGCUCAGCUGGUGCUCUGUGGGAGUGGGUUGUGUGCCAGUGAUCAUACCAAGAGCUGUAAACUGCUGUUUGAGUCAGAGUCGGAGCGUAGAGUCCUCAGGCGGCUAGAGCCCAUCACCAGAAAGAACUUCACAGUUGAGACAAAGAAUGGCAGUGAGAGCUACACCUAUGUGUUCCAGUUGUGUGGGGAUGCUGGGGGCGUCCAGCAAGCCGGUCUGAUUCAGAUGAGCAGCACGCCAAAGAAAACAACAGUAAUUGGCAUGUACAACGCCACACAGGCCAUUGGAGGGAGUGACUGGGUUAUUCUGAUAUACAGAAAUGGUGAGAGGUAUGAUGCGCACUGUUCGCAGGAGCAGAGAAGGGCCAUUGUGAUGAUCUCUUGCAACACGAAGAUGGACGUAGGCCAGCUGAAUGUGGUUGUGGAGGACCGAGACAGACAGCAGGACUGUUUCUACUUGUUUGAGUUGGACACAAGUGCAGUGUGCCCACAUGUCGAGUACCAGCUCAGCACUGGUUCCAUAAUACUCAUAAUUGGCUUCUGUGUCUUGGCUGUGUACCUCAUUGGAGGGUUCCUCUACCAGCGUUUGGUCGUUGGGGCCAAGGGAAUGGAGCAGUUUCCUAACUAUGCUUUCUGGGUGGAGGUUGGCAAUCUGACAGCGGAUGGGUGUGACUUUGUGUGCCGGUCACGGAAUCGAGAGGAGCCACCGACUUACCGGGGUGUGGUCACAGAACCCUUGGAGGAGGAGCCAGAAGAGCGAGAUGACCACUUGCUCCCUAUGUGACCUGGUUGUGUCAGAAGUGGGGCAGAGCGUUCCACUGUGUGACGCUAUUUACUGUUGCAGAAGCUAGAGGAAGUUGCUGCUAGACACAGGUCUAUGGUCAGUUUUAACCAUUUUUUUGUUUUUCUUUUGACAACAAGACUCAUCCUAGACCUGUGCCUAAAGGCAACUUUUAUUACCUGAUCCGUUUCUCGUUUAGGAGGGCAAGUUAAUCAGAGGACUGGAAGGUCUGUGGUCUUUUUGCCCCAAGCAAUUCAUUCAUUUCAGACAAACGAAUUUAUCAGAGAUUGGAAAGUGAAAGCUGAUCCUCCCGUCAUCCUAGUUUGUGCACUGACACUCGUGAUGUCCACACUGUAUUUGAGCACCUCUGUGUGUGUGUUGAGGUUUAGAGUUUGGCUUAUUAAGGAAAAUGUGAUACCUAAUUAAACUACAGUCCAUGUUCUUUUUCCACUUAGUACUUUUAAUUGCAGGUAAAAUAUUGUGGCUUCUGCAGCCUUUUUGCACAAAUACAAGUCCCGGUUGGAGGUGUACCCUGACAUUUUGUCAUGUAGUUUGUCUGCUUAUCACAACCACGCACACUUAUCACAUUAUAGGGGGGAUGGUUUACUGUAAUCCAUCUCUGAAGGCUAGCGUAUAUCUUUUGCCCCGCCUGGAAACCGAGAGGAAGUAGCGGCUGGUUUGCAGUGACGCUUUCCCAUUAGGUCUGGUGAGGGAAGCGAUCAAGUUAUUUUCGAGAAACUGACGUAAAAAUAUUUACACUUGUUCCAACAGGGCGGCGAGUGUCCAAAGAGAGAAAAACACCCAAAUCCGAAAUCUCAGGAGGGCACAUCGAGUAAUGGCUGUCGUUCACGUUGCUGCACAGUGACGCACAUUGAAGGGCAGUUCAUACAUGAGGGCCGCUCCUCCGCCACACAUUUAUGACCCACUUCAACCGUUACUGAUGCAUUGUGUGCGUGCGUGCACACACGUGUGUGUACGUACUCAUAUUUUCAUAGAAUAAACAGACAAACAUGCCAAAUCACCGGUAACUAUGGCAAACAAUCUGUCUAAAGUAGUAAUUGGUAUUCCUUGUCUGCUCAGCGGAUACUGACCUACCGGGGGCAGGUGGUGCUGCGUGGUGUGGUACCAAUGGGCCUCUGAGCGGAGGCAGGCUGCCACCUGUCCCGGUACAUUAGCUCUUGAGGAAUGUAGAAGUUGGGAGAUGUUUCUGCGUGGCCGUUUUCCGUGGCCUCCUGAAUCGACUGUUGCCUUAUGCCCCUUUUCCACGACACGGCACCGGCCCGACUCGACUUUUUCGUUUUCCGUUACUGAAAGGUACCGGCGCUUCGGUAGCUGUUACCACUUUCCUGGCACCACCUUUGUCGAGGUGCCGAAGAAACUGGAGCGGGUACCAAAGCCCAUGCAGACCAGCCACACUGAGGGGGUGGUGUUAGGGUGGUGGAAAACGACGCUGUGGGUCGGGUCGAGCCGGUACCCUGCAGUGGAAGAGGGCGUUAGCUCUUGAGGAAUGUAGAAGUUGGAGGUGUUUCUGCGUGGCCUCCCGAGGCGACCGCCGCCUCCGGCGUCAGACGUGUCGUCACACCGGGGAGGUCUGUGUGAGGCCUCUGCUGUUGCCGAGGCGACGGUUUGUACGGACACAAAGCGGCACUUCAGCCGUGAGAGGGGAUUCUGUUGUCCGUUGUACAUUUUUCAGUUUGAAUUAUUCUGGUUUCUUCGUUUGUACGCCGACUUGACGUAGUGAGUUGCGUUCCUACCUGCGGGGUUGUCGACAGGAUUUGUAAACGUGCGCGCUGGACGAUUGUGUUGCUUAUCUCGCUUGACUUUUUUCUUACCCCUUGUUUACUGGAGGGUUGAGGGUGGAGGAAACGGUGUGCUUCUGGGUUAAAAGGAGAGCUGUAGAACUAGUGGGAUUCAUUCUUAACGUGUGUCUGAAGUGUGUGGCGGUGCAUGUGUGUGUAGUUUGCGUCCCUGCAUGUGCACACGUUUAGUAGCCUAAUUAGAGAAUGAAAUGCAGGACGUUGUGUUUGGGGGUUUUUUUUACAUGGAAGUGUAGACAACCUGACACGGGCAUCACACAAUUUUACACCCGCAUGCAUAGCUAGGUGUCGGUUUUUACUGGGAUGGCAACUGAAGCCGGGAGUUGAGCUACUCCAGUCUGCCGGAUGAUGCUGCACCCCGGGGACCAGGACUAACGAGUCGACACGGCCCCCGACCGGUGGUGCUCGUUUGCAGGCCGGGAACCUGCGAACCGACGCGUGCGGGGAAUUCGGCCCGACAUCGGUUCACUCCCCCACACGUCCAGCCCGUCUUUCUUCCUGGUCGUCGUCCUGCACCAGCUCUACUGAAGCCACGCCGCUGGGGUAGCUCAGUUAUUACCCGCGGAGGGGCAACGUGAUGGAUGACCAGUGGUGUUUUGUGUUUAGGCUACUUUACGUGCAUGUAACGACGAAAUGCUUUAUAGAAAAGGCAAUAAAAAUGACAUUUGUA